CACACAGCCACAGUCGACCGCGCUGGCUGACGCGGUGCACGUCUGUGCUUGCGCGCGCUUUUUGCUUUUAAAAAAGUUAAACGUCAAAACUUUUAAUCACAUUCAAUUUGAAAUUUUGAACUAUUUAAAGAUUAGGAAUGUAACUGAAUUAAUUAAACGGAAUAAACGUUUUGUGCCAUAAUCGUAGUGAUGUUAUAUUGUGCGAAGUAGAUUGUAAGAAUACAAAAUGGGUGUUUUAACGAGGUUCCUCUUAGUGACCGUCUUGCUGCCUUGUGUUUUGGGCCAAGCGCAAGCAGAGUGUUUUGGUGCGGGUAGCGUCGCAGGAGCCGCUAUCGGUGCUUUCCUUGGAGCCCUUUUACUGGUCGCGGCCGCUUACUACGUAAGGAAACUGUAUUGGAAGUCACGCAAAGGGAAACAUCUUGUACUAUCCACGGACCCGGAGUCCGUGAAGGAUGAGUUUGCUUUCGACAACCCCGGCUUCAGGCAGGAAGAGCGGCAAGCUUGGAGGCACGAGGCACCGACCCUGCCUCUGGGAGGCAAGACAAGCGCCCUGCAGGCUGAGUUCACCAAACCCGAGCAUAGCAAGGAUGAUUUAUACCUACAGCGUGGUCGAGUCCGUCGGGUGAAACUAUGGGCGCGAGACUUCACUGGUCUAGGUCUGCAGUGUGGUGGAGGUGCGAGGGAAGGAGUUCAUAUACAUUCUGUUUUAAGAAGUGGACCAGCUGCCGCUGCCAACUUACAAGCUGGUGAUAAAAUCAAGAGUAUAAAAAUAGAGUUAACGGGUACACCUCUGGAGGAUGCUGUGGCUAUCCUCUCAUUGGCUUCACCUUAUCCCGUGGAACUUGAAGUGGUUGAAGGUGGUCCUGCCAGUGGUGGCGGAUGGCCGGUUAGACAUCCCUUGCUGAAGAGAUCUGGAUCCACUGGAGAUGCUUCUAUGCUCGAAAAUGAAGGGAAGCUGUUACACCCGCCCAGGUCACCAAACACAUCUCAUUCCAACAACUCUACAUUAGAAACGAAACAAGGUAAGGGAGGAAUCAAGAAAAUACUUGCUGAAAAGAUCAUAACAACAACUACACUCGAAAGAAAUAAGAAAGAGAAGAAAGAUGGCGCACCUUCGACGUUAGAGAGAGAAAAUGAAAAGAAUUUGAAAAUGGCCGGCAAAUCAAGACAUUCAGACGUACCACCUGGGUUAAGUAAACCCGAAAGGAGCAAAAACAGACACUCCUCUGGAAGUGACAUUCAAAUAAUACAACCCGAGAAUGGUAUCACACAAAUAGAACAGGCUGAAGUACAAAAAAGGGAUUAUGAUCCUAAAAGAGGUAUGAAAUUCGGCAUAAGAGUUCUUCCACCUAACGUUCCAGAUGACGGAGUUCUGAAACAGAAGAGUCCAGAAAAUGGAAAUGUUGUAUUAGAAAAGAAAACAAUCGAUGAACCAGAUAAACCUGAACCCCAACGUCCAGCACCAACCACACAUAUAAAACACGAAACAGAAACUGAAGUUAAGAAACCAGUAGUCGCUAAAAGACGAGAAAAGAUGGCACCACCAAUACCCAAUGCACGUGUAAAGUCAAAUGAAUCAGAAACAUCAAUAAACAGCAGUGUUGCAGCAUCUGACGCCUCAUCUUUUGCUAGAAGCGAUCUUAAUUCUAGUGGAAUCAAAAGAGAUGAGAAUGGAAUCCCGCAAGAGUUACCAGCUCAUAUGUUCGAGGCUGCUAAAGCUGCCAGAAGCAAUAGAAGGAGUUCGGCAGACUUAGUUCAAGAAAAAGUUGAUACAAAGAAAGAAGAAGCACCCAAACCUACAAAGAAAUCCAAAGGAAAAGCGCCAUCACCUCCAGAUACUGAUAAAAACAAAACAGACGAUAGUAUUCUAGAACAAUUAAAGAAUGUUAACGAUUUUUUGAGCAACGAAAAACAACAUUCCAGUCUUUUAUAUGACACAUCUAUAUCAAACAAAUCUACUUCGUCUAUGUCCAUUUCCUACAAUACCUCAACUCCAAAAGUUAGUAAAACAAAAUCAUCUCGUAUUGAUGACUCUAUUAAUUUUACACAAGAUGACAUCGAUGAUAUAGUUUCUAAACCAUUCAAAAGGGAAAGCGAUUCUUUAAAUAAUUUCUUCGAAGAUUCCAAAUCUAAUUUGUCUUCGAACCAAGAUGUUCAUUCUGUUGUAUCUUUGAAUAACAGCGACAAGAGUGAGAAGGGUUCAACUACAAUUGAACUUAACAAUAGUGAUAUUACUAUACAUAGUUCACCUCUAAAUGAUACGGUUAACUCUGCGUCUGAUGAUACCUCUUUGUUAGAUGAGAAUGAAAGGAAAGCUGCGUCUUUAGGAGAUUUGUCCAGAUUUGAACUCAGAAUUAAAACAAACAAACCUUCCACUGGUACUUUAGAACGGGCUCAAAGCUUAGACAUAUCUGCAGAGGACGCCGAAAUUCAAGAAAGUACUCUGUCACCCAAAAAACGUAAAGCAAUGUCAGUUGUGGAAACGACAUUCUUUGAUUCUGGUACAGAGGAUGUAUCUUCAGAAACAAUUGAUCCAGAAAAAGGCAUAGUUUUAAAACAAAAAGAACCCAGAUUGAGUUUAAAUAUAGCAAAAACAUCUGCUAUUGAAGGGCUUAAUACAUUCCAAAGGAAUCGUCUAAAAAAGGCUUCAGAGUUUGGCAAUUUAGAAGAUGCUAUAGUCAAAGGAUCGAGUAGUUCCAUUGAUUCCGACCAACAAGAGAAAGAAACUCACGUAAAAAAGGCGCAGGCUAAAGAAGUCGAUGUAUUGCAUCAAGGAGAAAGUCACGAAACCUCAGAUCAUUUAGCAAGAAGAAUAAUGGAUGAAAAUAUGAAGGUACAUUUCAAAUUAGUCUCAGAAUUCGCUAAAACCACAUCAGAUGGCAGCAACACGAGUUCCAUAGAAAAUAAAGAAGCAUAUACAGAUCCUGAGAGUAGAUCCCCGCCUUUGGAAUACGAGGAGAAAAUGAAUAUGAAUUUUGACACUAACAUUCCAGAUGAUUUAAAAAUGUCACGAAACUCUUACGUCAAUAGUUUAGAGAGACCUAAAUCUGACAUGAUGAAGAAAUUGUUGGCUAAAAAUCCCAUUUUCAACGUUCAUAUCGAUCAAACUCAAAAAAACGAAGCGACUACCAGCAAAGAUAUACCACCCAUGACAGAUUCGUACAAAUCUGCAAUGCAUCAACCAGACAUUGUCAACUUUGAUUUAAAAACAUCCGAACCCAAAGGUCGUGAUUAUGAUGAGUUUGUCAGCAACAUAAGAGUGGGAUCAAACAAUAACAGCUUGAAAAUGACUAAGAAAUCACAAGAUAAUUUUAACACUGAAUGGUCGGGAAGUAAAGACGCACACAGCAAUGUAGUUACAAUAUCAACAAACGAUAAAAGCAUACCCUCAGUCGAAAACAGAAAAUCUUACACCAAGUCCAUAGAGAUAGGUGAACCUGUGAUGAGAAUAGUACCCGAUGUAAUUGAAGGUACUAAAAUAAGGAAUGACCAAAGAGAAAAUAGAACUUUAUACAUGGAACCUGGGAAUGUUUCUCUAACUAUGUCGCAAGAGCCAGUACAAAAAACUGUCACAGUAAACGUAACCGAAGAUGAAUUCGGUAAUAAAGUAAUAACACAGAAUGUUGAAAAAUACUCAACGCAGUAUUUAACUACGAGAACAGAAGCACCAUUACAACUUGAACAAAUUAGUUUUGGAAUAAUGAAAAAUCCAGGCGACGUAGAUCAACUUAACUUAGAAGAAGGUGAAAUCAAAGAUUUCGACAAGAAAAUAUUGGAUGAAAUUAAAAGACAAAAUCCAAACAUGCACUUCACGUCUGAUGAACCUUCGUACACGAAAACUGAGACAAUUAUAUUAAACACAACAGAAAUGGACGAGGAACAAGCAAAAGCAUUAAUGGAAAAACUACAAAACGAUCCUAGUUUUAUGGCACAGAAAACUCCAGAAGAAUUAUCUCGUCUCGGUAUAAGAAUAAUUCAAGAUUUGGAAGACGAACAAACUAUCACAAAAGAUUCAGUUGAAGCAACUAAAACUAGAUACUCCAUAAAUCCAACGAUAAUGCCAAUAACACAGCACGAAUCCAAAUCAGAAGUCAAAGACCAUAUUACAGAAAUACAAGUAGUAACACCGCAGACAGAAAAGAAUCAAAAGAAAGAUGAAUCUGUGAAAGAUAAAAUUGCAAGCAGACAGAGAGCACCAGUUUAUCAAGAGCCCUUGUUAUCUUAUGAACUAGAUAUCGAACUGCUCAACGAUUUUAUCUUAAACGAAAGACAUCACACAGCGAAACAACUGAACGAAAUCAAAAAACGAACGAAAACCGAACCAAAGAAAAGGCAUUCAGAUUUCGAUCUACCUAGAAAUAGUCAUAUCAAAUUCCGUACAGCAACAUACGAAUCUCCUAAAGGCACGAUAGUAACAAGUACAGAUCUAGAAAAUCGUAGACUGUCCCAACUCGAUCAGAUGACAUUGAGGUCAACCGAUCAACCGGUUGUAAGUCAAAAACCGGCAAUUUCUGCGAAACCGAGUAACAUACCGGUUAAGAUGGCGGAGAAAUCGAAAUCAGUUUCUCAGGUAUCCUCGAAAAUACCGGUUUUUGGUACGGUUAAAUCCCUCAGUCAAGAGAAUUUGUCAGAGAGAAACUUUUCACUACCUCGUUCACCGCCGCCCAGUUUAAGCGGCAGUUCGGGUAAUAUUUCCGUAACGUCUAUUAUAAAAUCUAGUUCUAAAAGUCCUAGUGGGGGUUUGCUGUAAGAAUUUAAAUGUUUUAAAGCACAAAUAUUAUUGAAAGAAACAAAUUACAUAUUAACAACCUUUAUCAUCUAUUUAAGGAGAAAUUUAAUCUGUUUCGAGUUUUUUAGUGAUAAAAAAAUCAAUAUUUGUUAAAAAAAAAAGAGUCGCUGGAAAGAGAAAAGAUCUUACUAUCAAUAGGACGGAAAAAUUAAACGAAACACUGUAAAAAAGAUACAUUAAAUCAUUCUUAGGAGAUUUUUCCAGAUUUUCAAUGUAUUUUUUAUGUAAUUUCUAUAUUAAAGCAGAAUUCCAUACAUAUAAUUCAAAAUAUUCUUAAAUAAACAUUAAAAUAGUCUUCCAUCUUAUCAUAAUCUUUAGACACUUUACUAUUUUCUUAUUCUAUUUGUGUAUAUUAUCAAUAUAUCUUUAUAUUUUCUUAUUUUUACUAUUUUAAUAAAAUUUCAAAUAACAUUUCAAAGAUGGAAUUUUCACUUUUUUUUUAAAGCUGGUAACAUUUUACCCACGUAAAAGUUAAUAUAAAUGUUUCUCUUUCCAUUGUUAAGCAUAAUUUUGUCUGAAUGUGAAUUUCAACUAACAAAACAUAUUGCUUGUUCAAGAACAAAGAGGUUGGCAAGAUGUUUGUAUACAAGUAUUUUGACAGUGGAAAUGUGUUUUUUGUUUCUUCCAAUAAUAUUAUUUAUACGUAUACAUGUUUGUUAGAUUUGUACAAUAUAUUGGCAUUAUAUUUAAAAACACGACUAGCUUUAGGCUUUUGAGAAUUUAUUUAAAAAUAUAUCUAGUAUAAUUGUUUUCACAUAUCUUGUCGGCUCUAGGUAAUAUCCCUCACCUCGUGUGCCUGUACGUCGCUACAACAUUAUGUUUUGCACAUUCACUCGUGUGAUCCUCCGAGCUGACAACAUAUUUGAAAAGUAUUAUCCUAAACUUAUGAUGUACUUAUAAAAGUACUUAAAUAUUGAAAAUGUGCCUUAUUAUAUUAAAAUAUUUUGACAUUUCAUUCCAAUCAAAUUAAUAAAAAAGAAGGAAAAUCUUUUUAGUAUUUCGAUUGCGGAAACAAAAAGUAUAUAGUAUUUAAUUAGUUAUUUAAUAUAAUUAAAAUGUCACAAUUUAAAUAACAAGAGAGAGAGAGAGAGAGAUAACAAGUUUUGUUAUAAAUCUUUAUUAACAAAAAAAAUACCAAUGUAUAUGAUUUUUUCAACAUUCCGUCCUGAAAGUAUUACGGAUUAGUGUAGGAUAUUAAUUAAAAAAAUAAACACACAAAAUAUAUUUUAGUGACUUCACUGUUUGUAGGCAUUUAAAAUAAGUAUUUAUAGUCUUCCAAAUUAGUUGCAAUUAUGGCAACAUUAAGUCCAUGAUUGCGGAAACAGAUUAAUAUCCAUUCCCGCCCAUUUUGGGUCUCUUUAUAUUAUAGGGAUGAUCCAUGUUGUAAAAAAUCGAUAUCUACAUUUAAAGCGAUGAAAAUAAUUCUUUAUCUGUAAUAUUAAUCAGUUUGUGUACAAAUAUUUAUUUAAAUCAUUACUUUCAAAUCAGAAUCGAUUUUCGCAUAUGAAAUCGAUAUUAGAAAUUGCUGUUUCGGAUUCUUAUAGUAAUAAUCGAUACAAAAAUGAAUACAUUGAUUAAACGAAACAUGGAUCAACCCGAGUACUAUAAGUGUAGUUAUUUGUUGACAUUGAGUUUUUUUUUCGUAUUAAUGGAGUUACGAUCAUGUUCAAUUGAAUUAACAAGUUAUCAGUUAUACAAAAUGUAUUUUAUUAAUGUAUAAUAAAGACAAGUUAUAAUGUUG